UUGAAAUAAAUUGAAUUGCAAAAAUAUAUUAAAGUUAAAAAUUUAAUUGAUCUAGCAAAAAAAUACUUAAAUAAGCUUUGUGCUCGACAUUAGCACUAACAUAGUCGUGCUCUACAAAGCUUUGUUCAGCGCGUUUCGGUUUAGCCUCGACAAUUGCCUGCUAUUAGAGCGCAUAGAAAAAAAAAAAAAAAAAACACAAAUAAGCUCAACAAAGCAGCCAACAGCUGUUGAUUUGCCAAAAAGUUUUUGCAGCAGUGAGAAGCAAACAACAACAAUGGAGCCGGUUAUAAACAAAGCUUUUGUUAAUGCAGGUCAGAAGCCUGGUGUGGAAAUCUGGCGCAUUGAGGAUUUUGAGCCCGUACCGUAUCCAGCCAAAUAUUAUGGAAAAUUCUACGAAGGAGAUUCGUACAUUAUUUUAAAGACGACCGAAGACCCGAAGAGCCAAAAACUUUCGUGGGACAUUCACUUUUGGCUAGGCGCUGAGACGACCACCGACGAGGCGGGCGCAGCGGCCAUUUGCACCGUGCAACUGGACGACCAACUGGAUGGCGCACCGGUGCAGCAUCGCGAAGUUCAAGAUCAUGAAUCACAAUUGUUCCUCAGCUACUUUAAAAAUGGUGUGCGCUACGAGAAGGGCGGAGUGGCUACCGGUUUCGAGCAUGUCGAUGUGAAUGCUGCUGGCGAGAAGCGUCUCUUCCAGGUGAAGGGUAAACGCAAUGUGCGGGUGCGUCAGGUGGCGUUGUCUAUAACGUCGAUGAAUCGCGGCGAUUGUUUCAUUUUGGAUGCCGGUGAAGAGAUACUCGUCUAUGUGGGCGAGCAGGCGAAGCGUUUGGAGCGCCUGAAAGCUAUUUACGCUGCAAAUGAAAUACGUGAUCAAGACCAUCAUGGACGUUCGAAGGUGAAUAUUAUUGACAACUUCUCCUCUGAUUUUGCGAAGGAACAUUUCUUCACUACACUCGGUUCGGGUUCGGCUGACGAAGUACCAGAUGAGAGCACAGACGAAGAGGAUGGCGCUUUCGAGACGGCCGAUAUCAAAGCAGUUACACUGUAUAAAGUUAGUGAUGCUAGCGGGUCUUUGGAAAUUGAAAAGAUAUCCGAAAAGCCACUACGACAAGAAAUGCUUAAUACGGAUGACAGUUUCAUACUUGACACCGACUCCGGCAUUUAUGUUUGGGUUGGACGUAAUUCCACGCAAAAGGAAAAGACCAGUGCAUUGAAAGCAGCUGAGCAUUUUUUAGAGACUAAUUCGUAUCCAACCUGGACACAGGUACAUCGUGUCGUGGAGGAUGGCGAACCAGCGCCCUUCAAACAAUACUUUUCCACUUGGCAUGAUCAAGGCGUAUAUCAUAAGCGUUUGGUACGCACCGCAUUGGGUUACAGCACAGACGACUCCGAUUAUGAGGAACCUGAGGAUGUGGAUAUAGUUGUGCAGAAUCUGAAGAAGAGUGGUGGACGCGCAAUUGCUUUUAUGCCCGACUUUGGCGAACGCGAUAUCGAACAUAUUAUCAAGUUCAGCUCAGAAUCGGCAGAUGAUGUGGUGCGCAGUAUUGUUGACUUCGAAGGUACCACACCGCUGAUCGGUCAAUAUGCCUACAUUAUUACCUACAAGUAUAGCGCUAAGAGUGGUGAGUCUGGCAAACUUAUUUAUGUGUGGGAAGGUGCUAGAGCUAGUGAUGCCGUGAAGGAGCGCUCCUUCAAUGACGGUUUGGCUAUGGCACAGGAGGAGAAUGCCAUAUUGGUGCGUACAGGCCAAAGUCAUGAACCACGCCAUUUCUUGAAAAUCUUCAAGGGUAAACUGAUUACGCCAUUCACCGAGGAGCCGAAGAGUGCACAACUCUUCCGGGUACGUGGUACCGACGCGACCGAUGUACAUGCGACCGAAGUGAACUGUGACGCCUCAUCAUUAGCCUCUGGUGAUGUCUUUGCGCUAAUAACGCUCGAUCAUAAAGUCUACAUAUGGAUUGGUCAGGGUGCUUCCGAUUUUGAAAAAUCUUCUGCAAAUGAGCGUUUUGCUCACUACUGGCCACAUGGCAAGACGGAGGUGAUUGAAGAAGGUUCUGAACCCUCGGAAUUCUGGGAAGAAUUGCAUGGUGAGGGUGAGUAUGACCGCAGCGUUAACGAUUUGGGUGCUCCAUUGCUGGAACCACGUCUGUUCCACUGUCAAUUGGUGGCCUGGCGUACUAAGGUGGAGGAGGUCCGCGAAUUCGAGCAGUCGGAUCUCGAUGUUGAUGAUGUGAUGUUGUUGGAUGCCGGUGAUGAAAUCUACAUGUGGGUUGGCUCCGGCGCAUCUGUAGAGGAAAAUGCCAAAAUUUUGCAAAUGGCACGGAAAUACAUCAAACAAGAGCCUACCGAUCGUACUGUCGACACUGUCAGCGUAAUUCGUAUUGUUCAAGGCAAUGAGCCGCGCGUAUUUACACGCAUGUUUCCCUCCUGGGACAAUGACUACUGGAAGGACGAAAACGAAGAAAGGAAUGAGAGUAAAGAAACCUUAGACAGUUCAAGAAAUCACGUAAGCCCACUUCCCACCGACGUCGUAGAGAGUAUGUCGGAGAAAUCCAUUGAAGGCAAAAGGAUUAGAAAUGGCUUUCAAGAAUACUAUCGUGUUGUGACAUUAGAUGUGAAAAACGCCUAUAAUAAAGCAGACUGGGAGCAAAUAAUAGCUGCCUUACAACAAAAUGAGAAAAAUGCAAGUCUUGGCAACGUGAAAGGUUUCCCAGACGCCGUUGAAGAUCUUCAAGGCAUAGAAGCCGCGAUGCACAAUCAGACUCACUGGAGCGCCAUAUGCGAAGCCAUCGCACGACAGCAAAACCCGAGAGUGGCGAAAAUAGUUGGCGCUGCCGAUGAUAUUGCGCUAGCGGUGAUCAAGAGACAUUUAACGGAUGUUGCCAGCGCCAGCAAUGCCGAAGUGGUGUUAAUACAAGAUUGGCUGAGUUCAAUUGGUCUACAGCUGGGCGAAAACAAAACCGACGCCGUGUUGAAGUCGCGUAUAAAGAAAGUCGAGCAAGAGCGUAUCAAACAGGGCAAUAUGUUGGUCGAAGCUAAAGCGCAAAUCGGUUAUUUAGGGCUUCUACUCACAACCAAAUUGAAAUUUAAACAUAACCUGCAAUAUGCCGAGAAGUUGGCGACGCUCUCUAAUACCAAUUUAUUAAAGAAAAUGUUGUUGGGUAUGACUGUAUCGACUGCGGCGUUACUUUACCCCUCCACAGAGCCUAAUAAUAAGCUGAAAUUAAUUGUGGAGACAAAUUACGCUGUGAAGAGAAGAUUAGUUUCAGGUAAGCAUUCGGGUACGGCACAGGAUGAGGAAGCGGAUAGUGAUGGUGUUGAUGUUGUGUCACUCGAUGAGCGUAAACGUUGGAGAAUGCGACGCACAGAAAUUUUGCCAGAAGUCAGGGAACUUGAAGGAGUAGAUAUUUAGAUCUUUGAUGAUUAUAUAGGAUUAUAAGAAAAUGAGUAAUAAUAAAAGUUAGAAAAAUAA